CGCAUCGUCAAAGAAGUUUUUCGUCUGUCAGAGGAAUUUCUUGUUGGACUUGAGGACCCUUCCCUUCAGCAAAAACGUAGAGCAGCUGAUGACCCUUCAUUGAAUGAUGCAAAGAUGGAUAUUGAUGAGAUUUAUCAUGAUUUAGAAGGGUAUUUUUAUCUUGGGUCUGGGCAAGCCAGCACUCAGUCCGGCGCCGCAUCGAGUCCAUUACCGCGAGUUCGUAAUCGACCGAAUCCUAAGCGAUCAAAGCUCAUGAGAUUGGUGAAGACGUCUCCGACAGACGGGUCUGAACCCAAAGGCUUGAAACCGUCAGAACGGGCAAAGCUAGCGAGGAUGAACUCCGAGAACGGGUCGGCGGCUACUGACAAUGCUGGACUGCAGGUUACUACAAAUCACGGGGUGAAGCCUCGAGGUAUGAACUUAUCUGACAUGAUUGAUGAUGGGAAUUCUGUCAAUGAUGAAUAUGAAAAUGAAACUGAAAUGGUUAUUGACGCUGUGUCAUCUACAACAGAGUCGAAGAAUAAAAGAGGAAAGAGGAGAUCGAACGGAGCGCAGAAAACGACACCGGUCGAUGCCGCAGAUGCCAUACCUCUCACUGGAGGUAUGAAGCCUUCUGAGCGCGCCAGAAUUCUGAAGCAACAAACACAGGAAAACGAGCUUUUCAGAGACGACAUGCUGGAUGGUCUUUUAGAUCUGCCUCUAGUUCUGAACACACUGAAAACAAAUACAGAAGCGGUCAAUCAAGACCGCACAAAGGUGAACAAACCAAUCAUACACAAACAUCACAAUGUCAGCCAUGCAACAGUGCGAAAAAGCCGACCAGCAGCGCCGGAGCGAAAGUAUGAUUUUCCUGAUCCAAAGGCAAGCAUUGACUCGUGCGUCAGCUCCAAGAAUGGCGGCGGCAGGCGGCGUCGCUCUCGAUCGAAACAUCCGCCGGCUGCACCUCCUUGAGAUGGUCGGCGGAGUGGAAAGUUGCUAUUCUCUGUAUAGUUUAUUUCGGGCAUUUUUAUGUGUACAUAUCGAAAAUCUCCGGGAGUUUUCGAAUUAGUAUUCGGUGGAGUUUUACGGUUAUGCUGCUUUGUAUAUUUUUUUAUUAUCCAUGGGUUCUUUUCAACCUUAUCUGUCUCAAUCAUUGACCCCUGUCUGAUGAGUCAAGCGAGCUUCAGACGAAGUGUCUUAUUUCUAAAGUUUGCAUCAUCUACACAGGUUUGGUUCAGCUUUGCAGAU